AUUUGCAACAUUUGCAAAUGCAUCUUUAAUAAAAUAAUGUGCAAAGUGUGAACAGUGUAGUGAACUUUAUAGUAUUUUCAAAUCAUUUUCAAUAACUAAAAAUUAACAAAAGUUUGAUUAGGUAUAUUAUACAGUUAUACACUCUGCGGGGUUGCUGGUUGCUUAUCCACCAAUAAUUAUAUUCAAUGCACUUGCACAUGCGUACAACUUAAAUUUUUCUUGCUAUUUACUUAAUUCACUGGAGUUAUCAGUAAAUGAAUUCACAGUUAAAGUGUGACAGUUUGUAAUUCAUAAAAAGCUCAUAAUAAUAUCACGAACAUAGUAAAUAAUAGUAAAAAUAGCUAAUGUUUACUAUUGUUGAGAAGAAUAAUGGGCUUUGAUAUCAAAAGAUUUCAAGGUGACGUUGAUGAAGAACUAAUUUGCCCUAUAUGUUCAGGAGUUUUAGAGGAUCCGUUGCAGGCGCCUGCCUGUGAGCACGCAUUUUGUCGUGCGUGUAUAACUGAAUGGAUAAGUCGGCAGCCCACUUGUCCUGUGGAUCGUCAGGCGGUCACCGCAAGCCAGUUGAGACCUGUUCCAAGAAUACUACGCAACUUGCUUUCCAGACUUUGUACAAGCUGUGACAAUGCACCUCACGGGUGCAAUGCAGUUUUGAAACUGGACUCUUUAGCCUCACAUCUUGUUGAUUGUGAAUAUAAUCCUAAACGACUAAUGCCAUGUGAAGCGGGCUGCGGUCUUGUGAUACCUAAAGAUGAGUUGGCAGAACACAACUGUGUCCGAGAGCUGAGGGUGCUGAUUGCGUCACAGCAAGGCAAACUUACAGACUACCAACAGGAACUCACGGAACAGAGACUGAUAAUUAAUGAACACAAAAGAGAGUUAGCAUUGCUAAAGGAGUUCAUGCGCGCGAUGCGUGUGUCGAACCCGGCGAUGCGCGCGCUGGCUGACCAGAUGGAGCGCGAGGAGGUGGUGCGCUGGGCCAGCUCGUUAGCUCGCGCUCGCGUCACUCGCUGGGGUGGUAUGAUAUCGACACCCGAUGACGUCCUGCAGGUGAUGAUGAUUAAGAGAAGUUUAUCAGAAUCUGGCUGCCCCUCUCAUAUAAUUGAUGAUUUAAUGGAAAACUGCCAUGAACGGAGGUGGCCUCCCGGUCUCUCCUCCUUAGAAACUAGACAAAAUAAUAGAAGGUUAUAUGAGAAAUAUGUGUGCAAACGAGUGCCCGGCAAGCAGGCGGUGCUGGUGCUCCAGUGCGACAACACGCACGUCGAUGACCAUAUGAUGGUGGAGCCCGGGCUUGUCAUGAUAUUUGCACAUGGCAUCGAAUAAUGCUAAAAGUGAUGGAAUUGUGAAAGACUCAAGUUUGGAUUUUAAAACGUAAAAUGUUAAAAUUGCUGUAACACAUGCCAUUUACCACUCUGUUAAUGUUUCUUGUACAAUUAAUUUUAUUGAUUUGUAUUGGGUACACACUAUUGUUUAAAAUCACUGAACAUUUGACUCAUUUUUUUUAUUUACAAGUUACAGUUAGCUAAAUGUAUUUAUGAAACAAUUAGAAGAACUAAUUAAAAGUUAUCACAAAUAUUGAACAACCAUGUGGUCAAUAAUGCUUUCUAAUGUGAAUGAGUAUGUAAAUUUCUACUAACAUCUUAAAAUAACUUUGUGUAUGUGCACAUAUAAAGAAAACCACCUAAAAACCUAUUUUGAUUUUCAUAAACAUAGUGUGUACUCUUCUUUAUGUCUGAAAGUUGUGAUUUGGUAUUUUGGAUAAAGAAUAAUAAAACUUUUUUUUCUCUUCUGGAUAAUCAAUGUAAGAUUUCAGGGUGUUCCAAAUGUGGCAUGAUAUUAGAUAUUGUAUACAGUAGGGUAUGUUCUACUGUGAGUUUCAAUUGCAGUGAGUUACGAUAUAUAUUGUUAUCUUUAUUUUCUCUAAAAGAAUAAAAGAAAUGACUGCAGUUAAAACCCACGGUUGAUCAGUUUUCAUACAAAAAGAAAAUUGGAUGAUUUGUGUGUUGGUUUAUGUUUACUUAGACUAGCAAUUCUAAAUUUUUGUACGUAUUAAUGCAAAUACAAGUGUUUACUGAACUGAAUAAGCGAUAUUAGAGGUGCAGAUAAGUUACAAAAAAGUGAUUAAGUUCCAAGUUUGUAUUAAAGUUGCGUUAGUUGAAUAAAUUUGUGUGAAAUUUUGAGAAGCAUUAGCGAAAAGUGCAUAGUCAAUGCUUAUAAUAAUUAAUCCUAGUUAAGAUAUAACUAUUUUUUAACUAUAAAAAGAGUGUUUCGGAAAUGUGACCAGAUUUAUUUUGGUUUUAAAUUAAAUAAAAUCACGGUGACUACUUUUUUAUUACGAUGAGAAGAAUGUAAAUGUUUUAGUGUAAUGGCAUUUCCGUAUUUUUACUUAUGUGAUAUUUACUCGAGGUUUUUCUCGUUCAUAAAUUUCGAAUUGUCAAAAUAAAAGUAAUAUAUUUUAGCUCAAUUUGGAAAUAAAAAAUUUUUUUUAAUGA